CUUCCCCACCCACCUCCCACCCUCCCCUCUCCAACCACACCACUCUCCAAAUCCAUCCAUCGAUCGAGAAUUCCUCUUCUCCCUCUUCUUGUUCUUCUUCUCCUCUCUGAAUUUAACAAGAAAUCAAGAACUAGGUGUUUGUUUUGACUAACAAGAACUCGGUCGAACACUCUGCGUGCGUGUUUGUUUGUGUGUGUCAUGUGCUCUGGGCCGCGCAAGCCGUCCACACCGCCGCUGCCGCAGCAGCAGAAGGAGGCGACGGUGAUGGCGGCGUCCUUGCUUCUUGAGCUGGCGGCAGCGGACGACGUGGCGGCGGUGAGGAGGGUCGUGGAGGAGGAGAAGGUGUCUCUUGGCGUGGCUGGGUUGUGGUAUGGGCCUUCGGCGAGCGGCGUGGCGAGGCUCGGGAUGGAGCGGAGGACGGCGGCGAUGGUGGCGGCGCUGUACGGGAGCACGGGGGUGCUUGGGUAUGUCGUGGCGGCAGCGCCGGCGGAGGCCGCGCGCGCGUCGGAGACGGAUGGGGCCACGCCGCUGCACAUGGCGGCUGCCGGUGGCGCGGCGAACGCGGUCGCGGCCACGCGCCUGUUGCUCGCCGCGGGGGCGUCGGUCGACGCGCUCUCGGCUUCGGGGCUCCGCGCCGGUGACCUCCUCCCGCGCGCCACCGCGGCGGAGAAGGCCAUCCGGCUGCUGCUCAAGUCGCCGGCCGUGUCGCCGUCGUCGUCGCCGAAGAAGUCGGCCUCGCCGCCGUCGCCGCCGCCGCCGCAGGAGGCGAAGAAGGAGUACCCGCCUGACCUGACGCUGCCCGACCUCAAGAGCGGACUGUUCAGCACCGACGAGUUCCGCAUGUACAGCUUCAAGGUGAAGCCGUGCUCCCGCGCCUACUCCCAUGACUGGACCGAGUGCCCCUUCGUCCACCCCGGCGAGAACGCGCGCCGCCGCGACCCUCGCCGCUACUCCUACAGCUGCGUGCCUUGCCCGGAGUUCCGCAAGGGCGGCUCGUGCCGCAAGGGCGACGCGUGCGAGUACGCCCAUGGCGUGUUCGAGUGCUGGCUCCACCCGGCGCAGUACAGGACGCGCCUCUGCAAGGACGAGGUCGGCUGCGCGCGCCGCAUCUGCUUCUUCGCCCACAAGCCCGACGAGCUCCGCGCCGUCAACCCCUCCGCCGUGUCCGUCGGCAUGCAGCCCACCGUAUCGUCGCCGCGCUCCUCGCCGCCCAACGGGCUCGACAUGGCGGCGGCGGCGGCGGCGAUGAUGAGCCCCGCCUGGCCGUCGUCCCCAGCGAGCCGCCUCAAGACGGCGCUCGGCGCGCGGGAGCUCGACUUCGACCUCGAGAUGCUCGCGCUGGACCAGUACCAGCAGAAGCUGUUCGACAAGGUGUCCGGCGCGCCGUCGCCGAGGGCGAGCUGGGGCGCCGCGGCGAACGGCCUCGCCACCGCGUCGCCGGCGAGGGCCGUGCCGGACUACACCGACCUGCUCGGCUCCGUCGACCCGGCCAUGCUGUCCCAGCUCCACGCGCUGUCCCUCAAGCAGGCCGGCGACAUGCCCGCGUACAGCUCCAUGGCGGACACCACGCAGAUGCACAUGCCGACCUCGCCGAUGGUGGGCGGCGCGAACACCGCGUUCGGGCUGGACCACUCCAUGGCGAAGGCGAUCAUGAGCUCCCGCGCCUCGGCGUUCGCCAAGCGCAGCCAGAGCUUCAUCGACCGCGGAGGCCGCGCCCCGGCGGCGCGUUCGCUCAUGUCGCCGGCGACGACCGGCGCGCCGUCCAUUCUCUCGGACUGGGGCUCGCCGGACGGCAAGCUGGACUGGGGCGUCCAGGGCGACGAGCUGCACAAGCUCCGCAAGUCGGCGUCGUUCGCGUUCCGCGGCCAAUCCGCCAUGCCGGUGGCGACGCACGCCGCGGCGGCGGAGCCGGACGUGUCAUGGGUGAACUCUCUUGUCAAGGACGGCCACGCCGCCGGCGACAUAUUCGCGCAGUGGCCGGAGCAGGAGCAGAUGGUGGCAUGAUCAUCAGAGGCUCAUAGCAACCUAGCUAACCAAAAAAAAAGAAGUUCUUUCUUUCAAUUAAUUUUUCCCCUUCGUUUGCUUAAUUUGAUUCAAAUGAGAUGGUUUUUUAGUACAUAUUUAAGCUGUUCGCAAAUAAUAUUGUUCAUCAACAAAGAAGCAUGUAUACCCAAAGGGAGCUCUAGAUUGAUGAAGAACAGCUGAUAUUUACUCUAUUAAUUUUUGCCCCUCUCUUUGGGUUUUAUAAAAUAGUUGUAUACAAGAAUUCCAACAAGAGUUUUUAUUUUACUCGAUAUAUAUUCAUAUAUAUCUUUGGGCAUCA